UAUUUGCAGGUAAACACUCUUUUUUCUCCACCAUAUAUUCAGCAUGGCAGCCCGCAAGCACAAGAUCCACGUUCCGUGUACCUCUGCAAACAUUGGCCCGGGGUUCGACGUCUGCGGCAUCGCUCUUUCCCUCUCUCUUUCCCUCGUUGUCACCAUCCCUUCUGCGUCGUCUGGCGCCGAAUCGUUGCCCAAGAUCAUCUACACCGGUCUUGACUCCGAUAACGUUCCUCUUUCUCCCUAUAAAAACCUUUUGACUAGAGUAGCCCUCUAUGUCCUCCGAGCAAACGGUAUCACCACUUUUCCUCCUGGAGUGACCAUUGAGGCUCACAACGAAAUCCCGUUCGGACGUGGUCUUGGUUCCUCAGGAGCCGCGGUCAUUGCCGGUGUCCUUCUCGGUGACUUACUCGGUAACCUCAAUCUCCCCAAAUCCCGUUUGCUUGACUUUGCCCUCAUGGUUGAGCGACAUCCGGACAAUGUUACUGCUGCGCUUAUGGGUGGUUUCGUUGGCUCUUAUCUUCGUGAGCUUUCUCCUGAGGACAUGUCCGCUGCCAGCAUCCCUCUGGCAGAGGUGCUCCCAGAGUAUCCCCCAGAUGCCGGACCCGACUGGGGUAAGAGCCCCCCUCAGCCCCCUCACGGUAUUGGGCACUUUGUGAGGUUCGGAUGGGCGAAGGAGAUCAAGGCGAUCGCCGUGUCUCCCAGGUUUGAGCUGGCUACUGCCAAGGCUAGGGGUGUAUUGCCAGAAAGCUACUCUAGGAAGGACAUGAUCUUCAACCUUCAAAGAUUAGCCGUGCUUACUACCGCUUUGGCUCGAUCUCCGCCCGACCCUGACCUCAUCUACGAUGCCAUGGGUGACCGUGUCCAUCAGCCUUACCGAAUGACCCUCAUCCCCGGUCUUCCCAAAAUUCUUUCCACCCUUACUCCCACUUCCCAUCCGGGUCUCCUAGGUAUCUGUCUUUCGGGAGCUGGUCCUACCAUUCUCGCUCUUGCCACCCACAACUUCGAGGCUAUCGCCGACGAGAUUGAGAGAAUAUUCGGAGAUGAGCAGGUUUUGGUCGACCAUAAGGUUUUGGAUAUUGACGAGAAGGGAAGUUGGGUUGAGGAUAUCACAGAAGCUUAAGAGGUUGGGAUUGUUGCAGUAUAAAACGCGGAUAUAUAAGCAUUGCAUGGCUACUUACUGGAACUGCGUUCCAAAAUGUGAGUAAUUACGCUGGAAGUCAUCUCUGUAAAUAUUUGAUCGGGCAAUUGUGCUGCAUCAUUCGCAUAAAUAGGGGCACUGCUCGGCCUCGGGAGGGUUUUUGGUUUCAGGCGCAGAACUUCAAAGAUGAAACUGGCCGAAAACCAACCACUGCUGAUCACUGCUAACCCUAUCAAGAUAUAGGAAAUUUACAAGCUGCAUUUGGAGGAGUGACAGUUAUUGAUCUGUACGACAAAAUUCAAUAGCCCGUCUCGUUGUAAUAAAUCAAUUCUUUUUGGAUUCUUCACUUCACACGAGGGUCUCUGUCCUAGAGGUCCUUUAUUUUCUUACCAAAGCCUUCAACUGAUGCCGUCCUGUCGAAUGGAACCACUAUGAAAGUAAAUUAUG